AAAAAAACAACUGAAGCAAUAAAGAGCUCACAUAAUGAUGGAAGAUAGCAUUUUAAAUAAAAUAUUAAAUUAUUUAAUACCAAUUACAAUUAUUUCAUGUCGUUUUUUUUUCUUUUUCUGAAAUGUAAUUAUAUUACAUCUCUUAUAGCAGGCAAAUCUCUCUCUCUCCAAUAUUUUAUAUCAACUAACUUCUUCUUCUCAAUAAAACCAAUCUCUUUUGGGGUUCAUUUAAAUCUUCAAUAAAGGAGUAAAUGGAUCCAGAAUGUCACCGUUUCCAUCCUCACAAGAACACAUUCUUACCAAUGUUAUGCUCCAAACCUUCUAUCAAAGACGUCGCCCUUCCUCAUCCCAUCAGAUGCGUCAACCGCCGCUCACCGUCGCCGGCCUCCUCUUCCGGAGACGACCCUUUAUCCCCAAGAAUCAGUUGCAUCGGUCAGGUCAAGCGGAACAACAAGAUAAUCGGCUUUCCAACUAGAUCAUUACUCACUCACCAAACAACACUAAUCAGACAAAACGACACCAAAACCCACCUCCUCAAGUACUCCAAGCUCAAGAAGUUUUUCUCCAGCAAAAACCUCACUGCUGCCACAGCCGCUGCCACCGUUAUCAACCCCUCCGUCACUUCCGACCGCGGUCGUGGCCGACCCCUUUGCCGGAGACGAGGUCAGGUCAUCAAUGGAGGAAAUGGGUUGUGCAGAAGUGAAGCUAAGAGUGAGAAUAAUUGUGUCUCUGAGAUCGAUAUCAUGGCGAUAGAUCCGCCGUUGCCGGUAGUUAAACGGCUGGCGGGAGAUCAAGAAGGUGAUUCGGAGAGUUUGUGGAAGAGAAGAUCGGGUGGAGCCGCUUUGAGAGGAUUGCAGCUCCAGCAGAUUCACCAUCCCAAACAUCACCUUCAACCCACAACAGUUUAAGUAUUAGUAUAAUUAUCAGAAACUGAAGGUGAUAUGUAUAAACUAUAUAUUUAGUAGUGAUGGAAUUUAAUAGAUAGGAAAAAUAUUAAAGGGUAAUAUUGGAUUGUAAAUGGUUCUUUAAAAUGUUAUGGUUUACACAAAGUUUUGAUAAAUACAUUGUUUGACUCAGUCAGUGUUUCGAGAGAGAGGCAUAUACAUACUCAUAGUUGUUAUUGUUAGUUCAUAUAUAAUUUUUGUCAUCAUAUAUGUAUGAAUCAAUAAAUGUUCAUAA